AUGAUAUCAAGAAUAUUGAAAAAAGCAAUUAUAUUUGAUGCCUUUCCUAAAGUUGAUUCCGGAUAUCAAAAUAAAAGUCCACAAGGGGGUUUCAUAACAAUCAUUGUGACGAUAUUUUUAUGGAUUUUAAUAAUUAGCGAGUUUCGAGAAUAUUGGAACAUGAAUCAAAAAUAUGAAUUUUUAGUGGAUCGAAAUAUCGAUCAUAAAUUGCAAAUAAAUGUUGAUAUUACUGUAAAUACACAAUGCUCAUACUUGACAGUGGAUUUGAUUGAUGCGGCUGGUGAAGCAAUGCAUUUGACAAAUGAAUUAACUAUUGUACCGACAACAUUUAAAGUUGGAACAGCACAUUCAAUUGGAUAUGAAAGAAAUAAAGAUGGAGAUGAUUAUGACGAUGAUACAAGAAUAGAUGUUCGACAGGUGAUGAAAAAUGCCGCAGGAAAAUGGAACCUUUUUAAUCAAAAUGAAAAUUCGAAUGGUAAUAAAAUGGAAGCAUGUAGAAUUUUUGGAAAUUUGAAUGUUAAUAAAGUCACAGGAAAUUUACAUAUCACAGCAAUUGGAUAUGGAUAUGGAGGAUUUUUUUUAAAAGUUAUUGAAGCAUUUUAUCCACGUCUCAUUAACCCACUGGAUAAUAGUAUAGAGGUAGCUGAAGCAAAUAACAGUAAUGGUGUGUUAUUAACAAAUCAAUAUUCAGUUACUGAUUACAAUAAAAUAUAUGAUGCAACAAAAGGGCAAUAUGGAAUUCCAGGAAUAUUCUUUAAAUAUGAUCUCGAACCAAUUUCUGUACAAAUUACCGAAAAAAGUCAAGGAUUCAUAAAAUUCAUAACAAGAUUAUGUGGUUUGGUAGGAGGAAUAUGGGUAACUGUAGGAUUUAUUAUGAAAUUCCUUAAUAGAAUAGCCAGAUUAGCUUCAAUAGCUGUUCCUGAAUCAAAAAUGAAUCUUGCUAUAUCAUUAAUUCUUUAUCAUCAAGGAUUUAUAUCUGGCGUACAACGUGGUGAUGUUCAACGACCUGAUUCUAUAUUUACCCCUACUACUCCUCAAAACAUUACUAGACGAAGGUUAUGGUUAGACUUGAAAUAUCGUGAUAAUGAACCCGUACUUAAAUAUAUGAGUUGUGUUAGCAAAGGUUCUAAAAGAAUUUAUAUGAAUGUUGACGAAUUACAACUUUGGGCUUCAGGACAACGUGCCAAAUUUGUAAAACCCAUACAACCAGGUGAAAUUUCAAUUAUAAGCACAUCUAAAGGAAUUUUAGAACUUAGAGGUGCAUUAGAAUUGAGAGAAGGUGGUGAAGUUCUUUGUAGAGUUUGGUAA